GCAUAAACUACUCAAAUUUUAUAAAAACCAAAUAAACUACCAAUACAUUUUAAAAUCUAAAAUUUUAAAAUUUUAAAACAAUAUAAAAGCUAAUAAAGAAAGUCAUGUCACGACCUAACAUGAAUAUAUAUAUAUAUAUAUAUAGCUUCGUGAGACAUAGAAUUGCUUUGAAGUGGUAGUCAUAGUGAGAGCAAAUUAAUGGCAGCCUUCGUUUCCAGUUCGAUUCUCAUUGUUGUUGCAGUAUCCUUCUGGGCUACCUUCGUUUUCUGCUUAUAUGCUGCUCCAGAGUCACCUGAAAGAGAAACAAAGGCCCUGCUUCAAUCUGGUUGGUGGAGACGUGAAUAUCUCAACUCUACCACCACAACUCCUUGCAACUUGCCUGGUAUCACUUGCAAUCUUGCUGGAAGCAUUACACAUAUCUCUCUACAUAACAAUGAUCUAGAGAACAAGAAGCUCGGGAGAUUUCUUAACCGCUCUUCGUUUCCGAAUUUAGUCGGUCUAGAUCUUGCUGGAGCUGGACUUGUUGGCACCAUCCCACCAGAGAUAGGUUCUCUUUCAAACCUCAUCCAUCUUGACCUUUCAGAUAAUCAACUUACAGGUCAGUUACCUCUUUCAUUAGCAAACCUCUCCCAGCUUGAGCUACUUGAUAUUUCUUACAAUGAAAUAAAUAGUUCGAUUCCAUCAGAUUUAGGCAGCUUGAACAAUCUUGUUUCAUUGAACUUGAGCUCUAACAGCUUGUAUGGUCCAAUACCUUCAUCAAUCGGUCAAUUGAUCAAUCUCACUCAUUUUCAUAUUCGUAGGAAUCAAAUCAGUGGCCAGUUACCUUCUUCACUCAUAAAGCUCACCCAUUUGGUUGAGUUUGAUGCUUCUUAUAAUAAAAUUAAUGGUUCCAUUCCAUUGGACAUAAGAAACCUCAAAAAUCUGGUUUCCUUGUCCAUAAACGGCAACCAACUCGAUGGACCACUUCCUUCAACUCUAUGUCAAUUGACCAAAUUAACUUUGCUAUCAGUUUUUUCAAACCAUAUUAGUGGUUCAAUUCCUUCUCAGAUAAGGAAUCUGACCAACCUUAACUAUCUAGACCUUGGGACAAAUGAGCUUAUUGGACAACUACCUCCAACUUUGGGUCAAUUAACUAAUUUGUCUUAUCUUUACCUUAACUCCAACCUAAUAAGUGGAUCUAUCCCUUUAUCAAUUGGACAGCUAGUGAACCUGAAUUAUCUCUACCUAAAUGGCAAUAUGCUGAAUGGACCACUCCCAGCGACAUUAGGUCAUUUGUCCAAUUUGAGAAGCCUGACUAUUGAUUCGAAUUACAAAAUUAAUGGAUCCAUCCCUUCAGAUAUUGGAAACCUCAAAAAUCUUAUAAUAUUGGGACUUGAGAAUAACCAAUUAACUGGUCCAUUACCUUCUUCAAUAUGCAGUUUAACCAGCUUACAAUUUUUGCACCUUAGUUCGAACCGGCUAAGUGGGUUGUUGCCAUCUGGGAUAGGGAAUUUGAAGAAUUUGACAAGAUUGCAACUUGGUUCUAAUAACCUCGUUGGUCCAAUUGUGUUGUCUUUAGGCGGUCUUGAGAGUAUAGAACAUAUUGACUUGUCCAGCAACCAUUUCAAUGGAAGCAUACCGAUGGAGAUUUGUAACCUUUCUAGACUCGCUUUUUUGGACCUCAGCCACAACUCCAUUGUUGGACAAAUACCUUCUCAGCUUUUCAACCUCAAAAACUUGACCACCUUGAACCUUGCCUAUAACAGUCUCAAUGGUAGCGUUCCCUUUAUUCUAUUUCAAUUCAAGAGCUAUGCGCUCAAUCUCGAGGGAAACAAAGAAUUAUGUGGUAACUUCACAGGUCUUUCUUCAUGCUUUGAGUCAAUCCCACCAAGCACUGAUCAUCAGGGUGCUGUAAAAGAAAUUGAACCUCAUUCCCACAAGAUCAGAAACAUUAUUGUUCCUGGAUCGGUUAUCCUUCUCUCGUUGCUUCUUGUGCUAUUGGCAUUGUUCUACAAAUGUUGGUGUAAAAAUAAAAACCGCCAACUUGGUGAAGCAACAACAACAAAGAAUGGAGAUAUAUUUUCAAUAUGGAAUUAUGAUGGGAACAUAGCAUAUGAAGACAUCAUACAAGCAACAGAGGACUUCGAUAUCAAGUAUUGCAUUGGUACUGGUGGAUAUGGAAGUGUUUACAAAUCACGACUACCAAAUGGUAAAGUUGUUGCCUUGAAGAAACUUCACACCCUAGAAGCGGAAGAGCCUACUUUGAUAAAGAGUUUCAAAAAUGAGGUGAAAACAUUAACAGAAAUAAGACAUCGAAACAUUGUGAAACUCCAUGGGUUUUGUUUACAUAAAAGAUGCAUGUUUUUAAUCUACGAAUACAUGGAAAGAGGGAGUUUGUUUUAUGUAUUGAACAAUGAUGUUGAGGCUGUGGAAUUGGAUUGGAGAAAAAGAGUGAACAUUAUCAAAGGAAUAGCGAAUGCGUUGUGUUACAUGCACCAUGAUUGCACUCCACAAAUUGUUCACCGUGAUAUAACUACCAACAACAUUUUACUCAACUCAGAAUUAGAGGCUGUUGUAUCUGAUUUUGGCACAGCAAAACUACUUGAUCCAAAUUCAUCCACUCAAAGUACCAUACUUGCUGGUACUCGUGGUUAUAUUGCUCCAGAGCUUGCCUAUAGUAUAGCUAUAACAGAAAAAUGCGAUGUGUAUAGCUUCGGAGUGGUGGCACUUGAAACGUUAAUGGGAAGGCAUCCAAAAGAACUGUUGUCGACCUUAUCAUCUUCCACCACACAAAGUCUGUUGCUAAUUGAAGUUUUAGACAAACGCUUACCACCCCCGAGAAGUCGGUUGGCUGUGCGUGAUGUUGUUCUUAUUUCUACAAUUGCGUUUGCAUGUUUAAAUGCCAACCCGAAGCAUCGACCAACCAUGGAAAGCGUUUCUAAACAACUUCUUGCUUGCAGAUCAACAUUGGCAGAACACUGUUUCCAUGAAAUUUCAAUUAGGCAGCUCAUGAACCCCACAAGUCUAACUAGACUUGACCAUGAUCAAAACUAGGAUUACAAGUUCAGUUCAAUGAUGAUAAACAUGUAAAGAUGUGUUAAAUUUGUAUUACAAAUUUUCUACAACGAUAAGAUUGAAAUUAAUAACAUUGCACAUGGAUCUUAAAACAAAAAAACAAAAAAACAAAAAAAAAUUUAAGUCACAAAUAUUCUGUUUCUUGGGGGCCAAAGCAAAUGUUCUAUUUGUCCUCCUAGUAGUUCGGCCAAGUAAUUUUUUUUUUUUUUUUGUUUUCACCAUUAAAUCAUGAUUAAUUUUAACAAUUUGACUAUCAUGGUAACUAAUGGAGAAAUUUCAGAUUACGAUUUAUUCCAUUUACAUAAGAUGAACCUAUUACGGAAGUUGCACCUAAAAAGAGAGCACACAGCAACGCCCAAGGGCACAAUGCCCAAUGAUUUAACCUAUUCAUCAUAAAAGGGAAACUUACACAAUAAUCAAAUGAUAAGCAUACUCGAGAAAUGUAGGUACAAGUAUUGAUCGAGUUCGAAGUUUCGAAAAUAACAUCCGGCGUCAUCACUUUCAAGUUGUAUAAUUGUAAACAAUGAAAAAAUCAAAAACAUUUUGUCUAAUACAUUAUGCCAUAUCCAAAAAGAGUUAACCGAG